CUUUGCCUAGGGGUGGGGGAGCCCCACCACCCAAUGGGUGGGCCACGGCCGGAGAGGGGAAGAACCGGGCGGGGGUGGCGGCGUGAGCGUCCACGCUACCUGUGCGUCGUGGCCCAGCCUCCAGCCAGCCCGGUCCUCGGCAGCGACGCUGUCAUCAGAGCGCGGGGAGGUUGGGCCGAGCGAGGCGAGGCUGGUGAGAAGCCUAUCCUCCCGUGCGCUCCUCCCCGGCUGCGCCCGCGCCCAGUCUGGCUGCCGCGGCCAUGACCGAUAACAUCCCCUUGCAGCCGGUCAGGCAGAAGAAGCGGAUGGACAGCAAGCACCGAGGCGGAUGUUGCGAGUGCCUAAGAUGUUGCGGAAGAAGAGACCCAAGGCCUCGGACGGUUUGGCUUGGCCAUCCAGAGAAGAGGGACCAGAGAUACCCACGCAAUGUCAUCAACAACCAGAAAUACAACUUCUUUACUUUUCUACCAGGGGUACUGUUCAACCAAUUCAAGUACUUCUUCAACCUCUACUUCUUGUUUCUGGCCUGUUCUCAAUUUGUUCCUGAAAUGAGGCUUGGUGCGCUUUACACAUAUUGGGUUCCAUUAGGUUUUGUGCUCACUGUUACCAUCAUCCGUGAGGCUGUGGAAGAGAUCCGAUGCUACAUGCGUGACAAGGAAGUGAACUCCCAGAUCUACAGCAAGCUCACAGCAAGAGGGACAGUGAAAGUGAAAAGUUCCAGUAUUCAAGUGGGGGACCUUAUCAUUGUGGAAAAGAACCAGCGGGUGCCUGCCGACAUGAUCUUCCUCAGGACGUCAGAAAAGAACGGGUCCUGUUUUCUACGCACGGAUCAGCUGGAUGGUGAAACAGACUGGAAGUUACGCCUGCCUGUCAGCUGCACUCAGAGGUUGCCCACUGCUUCUGACCUUCUUCAGAUCCGAUCAUACGUGUAUGCAGAGGAGCCUAACAUUGACAUCCACAACUUUGUUGGCACUUUCACUAGAGAGGACAGCGACCCUCCAGUGAAUGAGAGCUUAAGCAUUGAAAAUACCUUGUGGGCCAGCACAGUGAUCGCUUCAGGAACAGUUGUGGGAGUUGUUCUGUACACAGGCCGGGAACUGCGCAGUGUCAUGAACACAUCAAAUCCACGGAGUAAGAUUGGCCUCUUUGAUCUGGAAGUGAACUGCCUCACCAAGAUCCUCUUUGGAGCCUUGGUGGUGGUCUCUCUUGUCAUGGUUGCUCUUCAACACUUUGCUGGCCGCUGGUACCUUCAGAUCAUCAGAUUUCUUCUUCUUUUCUCAAAUAUAAUUCCUAUUAGUUUACGUGUGAAUCUUGACAUGGGGAAAAUAGUCUACAGUUGGAUGAUCCGGAAGGAUUCUAAAAUUCCUGGCACUGUGGUUCGAUCUAGCACGAUCCCGGAACAACUAGGAAGAAUAUCUUAUUUACUUACAGAUAAAACAGGGACCCUAACACAGAAUGAGAUGGUAUUCAAACGCCUUCAUCUUGGAACAGUGGCUUAUGGACUAGACUCCAUGGAUGAAGUUCAGAGCCAUAUAUUUAGUAUAUAUACCCAGCAGUCUCAGGAGCCACCUGCUUUAAAAGGCCCCACCAUGGCUACCAAAGUACGGAAAACCCUGAGUAGCCGAGUCCACGAGGCAGUGAAAGCGAUUGCCCUGUGCCACAAUGUGACUCCUGUCUAUGAAUCAGAUGGUGUGACGGAUCAGGCUGAAGCUGAGAGGCAUUAUGAAGAUUCAUGUAGAGUGUACCAAGCUGCUAGUCCUGAUGAGGUGGCCCUGGUACAGUGGACAGAAAGUGUAGGCUUAACACUGGUUGGCAGAGAUCAGUCUUCUGUGCAGCUGAGGACUCCUGGUGGCCACAUCCUAAACUACACCAUCCUGCAGAUUUUCCCAUUCACUUAUGAAAGUAAACGAAUGGGAAUCAUUGUUCGGGAUGAAUCUACAGGGGAAAUAACCUUCUAUAUGAAAGGAGCUGAUGUGGUGAUGGCUGGGAUUGUUCAGUACAAUGACUGGCUAGAGGAAGAGUGUGGUAAUAUGGCAAGGGAAGGACUGAGGGUCCUGGUAGUAGCAAAGAAAUCCCUGACUGAGGAACAAUAUCAAGACUUUGAGGCACGCUACGUCCAAGCAAAGUUGAGCGUCCAUGACCGCUCCCUGAAGGUAGCAACUGUGAUAGAGAGCAUGGAGAUGGAGAUGGAGCUGCUGUGUCUGACUGGAGUGGAGGAUCAGCUGCAGGCAGAUGUCAGGCCUACUCUGGAAACCUUGAGAAAUGCCGGCAUUAAGGUCUGGAUGCUCACAGGGGACAAACUGGAAACAGCCACGUGUACAGCUAAGAACGCACAUCUGGUAACCAGGACCCAGGACAUUCAUAUAUUUAGACUGGUGACCAACCGUGGCGAAGCUCACUUGGAGCUUAAUGCCUUCCGCCGCAAACAUGACUGCGCCCUUGUGAUUUCUGGUGAUUCCUUAGAGGUGUGCUUGAAAUACUAUGAGUAUGAAUUUAUGGAAUUAGCUUGCCAGUGCCCAGCAGUGGUCUGCUGCCGAUGCGCCCCAACACAGAAGGCUCAGAUUGUGCGCUUGCUCCAGGAGAGAACUGGGAAGCUGACCUGUGCAGUAGGUGAUGGUGGAAAUGAUGUUAGUAUGAUUCAAGAGGCAGAUUGCGGUGUUGGGGUUGAAGGAAAGGAAGGAAAGCAAGCUUCCCUUGCAGCAGACUUCUCCAUCACUCAGUUUAAGCAUCUGGGCCGGUUACUGAUGGUGCAUGGACGGAACAGCUACAAAAGAUCUGCAGCUCUCAGCCAGUUUGUGAUCCACAGAAGCUUGUGCAUCAGUACCAUGCAGGCUGUUUUUUCUUCGGUAUUCUACUUUGCUUCUGUACCUCUCUACCAGGGCUUCCUCAUUAUUGGGUAUUCUACACUCUAUACUAUGUUUCCUGUUUUCUCUCUGGUGCUGGACAAAGAUGUCAAAUCAGAAGUUGCCAUGCUGUACCCAGAACUCUACAAAGAUCUUCUGAAGGGAAGGCCCUUAUCAUACAAGACAUUUUUAAUAUGGGUUUUGAUAAGUAUUUACCAAGGCAGUAUCAUUAUGUAUGGUGCACUGCUGCUAUUUGAAUCUGAGUUUGUCCACAUUGUGGCUAUUUCCUUCACCUCCUUGAUCCUUACUGAGCUGUUGAUGGUGGCAUUGACUAUCCAGACAUGGCAUUGGCUUAUGAUAGUGGCGGAACUACUCAGCCUUUCCUGCUACAUUGCCUCGCUGGUCUUCCUACAUGAGUUUAUUGAUGUUUAUUUCAUUGCAACCUUAUCAUUCCUGUGGAAAGUGACAGUAAUCACUCUGGUCAGCUGUCUUCCUCUCUACUUCCUAAAGUAUCUGAGGCGAAGGUUUUCUCCCCCAAGUUAUUCAAAACUCACUUCAUAGAUGGUUCUACCAAUGGAGCAGAGACUUCUUUUUUUUUCUUUUUCUUUUUUGCACAAUGCUAACAGACAAAAUAAAUGUCUGUUCAUCAUAGUAACAGCUGUGUGAUGGUUGCAUAAGGAUCAUGCACUGGCUGGUGAAUGUUGCUAAAAGACUGAAUAGCUUGCAGUGAAGCUGAAACCUAGCAGUCAAGCAAGCAGGAGAACAUACAUAGGGAUCCAGUUUUUGUCACUUUAUAUUUAUUUUACUGAGGAUAAAUGCAUGUAACUGGAAAGAAGAGUCGGCUUCCAGUGAGCAAAGAACUAUGUAAUCUAUUGAUGUGACAAAUUUUUCAAAUGAUUUUUCCUUCCCUCUUUUUUUUAAAAGUUUCCUCAUGUCAUUUUUAUAUUACUAUUUGUCUUUUCAGUUCAGAUCCUAGUUUAUAAGCAUUUUGUAUGUCUUGGGAAAUACUUUAAAAUGGGUGAUACAAUAUGCUGUUAACAGGCAACUGUUAAGCUUAUGGUGCCACGCUGAUCUCUUUUGAUGUGUUCCAAUGCAAACCAGAGCUACAAACUUCAACUUAAUUUUCUUAAAUCCCCAAAACAAAACAAAAAUACCCACAAUGAGUCUUUCCUGCUGUGAUAUUGUCCAAUUAUUUUUAAAGGGAAUUGAUGUUGGUAAAAGAGAGCUUCUGUUUUAUUCUCAAUGGUACUGUUUUCUUGGGAGAAUUUUAAUGACAUUCAAACUAGCUGCACAACAGAUCCUGGUUCCCUACAGAUAGAAUUACCCAUACUGAAGCAAACGUAAGUUUCCCACAUCAUGUUCACCUGAUUAAUGCUAACAUGAGAGUGCAAGGGCUUUUGUAGGAAGAGUGUCGGACAACGGAGUAGCUAGCAUGUUCCCUAUUAUGCACAUCCCUCUAGCCAUCCCUCCCCAGUUUUCCCCCAGCUGAGUCCAAGAUUGAAAAUGAACCUGGCUCCAGAACUAAAGACUUGGCAGGAGGGAUUGCAAAGGAGAAUCGGCAUGUAGGGAAAAGGGUUAAGCCCUCCUCCUCCCACCUGCUGAUUCUCUCCUGAAAAUAUUCCACCACCACCACACACAUUACCACUGGCUAGCAAAUAUGUGUUUGCCGAGCUAAUAUAUAUUUUAUCUCAAUAUGCAGGUUGCAUUCAGCUCAUCUCAUAUAGCUAACCAACAUACCAAGUCUUGUCUCUUCCUGCCGCUCCCCCAACACCUUAAUUUAACUGCCUACAGAGCCUCCGGCUAUCAGUGUGCAUUCACAAUGUAAAGCAACAGACUGGGCCAGGGAGUACCAAACAUAUAUGGCAGGUGACUGCCCCAGGUGGCACAUUAGGAUGUGGAUGGCAGUACCAAUACCAUUGCCCUGUUACGGGACAAACUACUUUAACCUUCAUCAAUGUUUUUGGAAGGAAACGUGCUGCUCAUUGUCCUCCUUAAAAGCAUCUGAAAUGUUGUUCUGCAGAAGUGUAACAGAUGUAUCAGAUUGUAAUAGAAAUGUAACAAUCGGAGGUUGAAAGGGAAAGGUCAUGGGAUUCUUGCUAUUUACUGUAUUUUUUAAAAAACGUUAUUAAAACGGAACUGCACGUUUAUAUUUUUCACUGGACUGUACCAUUCUAGACUGCAACUGGGGAAUCACGUUUGAAUGUUCUUCCCAUGUUAAAACAAUAACUUUCUACACGUGGAAAAAGCAAGUUUGUUGGGUAGGAAGUUGCAUGAGAAUCGUUUUCUCUAAAUUUCCAUGAGGUGCAGCAACUUUUGGAUACAUUACCCUGUGCCAGUAGUGGUAUAGUCCAGACAGAGCUGUGCCAUGUGAUAAUUUUGAAUGUGUUGUUGGGCUCUCGAUGAAGGAAGAAUUGAAAAUAAAAUCGGAGAUACAUUUCCCACUCCAGACCAAGUUCUGUAAAGGCCUUCAUAGUAUACUGGAUUUGCAUUGUUCAGAGCAGAAAUUUAAAAGAGUGCAUCGAUAAAACUAAGAAUGAAGGCCUGCUCAACAUCAUCCAAAGGAAAGGGACCUUUUUCCCCAUCUGCCACUGCACUUGAUGAGAGUUUGCAUUAUGCAUUGACCCAUAUUUUUGGCCCAGCUAUUUACAAUAAGUACUGUGGAAGCUGUUUUGAAAGCUGAAUGUGUCUACAUAUAAAAAGAAUGCUUUCAAGUGAAUCACUGGGGCAAAUGAAUGCAGAACCAUGGGAAAUUCCUGCUGAGGUUGCUUGAUCUGGGGUGUGAGAGGCAGUUGCAGAAGAUGUUGCUGUUCUGUUUUCUGCCCUCAAAUGAAUCUUGAGUGAGCAAAAAAGAAAUGCAUGCUUACCAUUGUCCAUGAUUCCUUCAAAAGCCAAAUUGACAGCGGCACAUCAGCACUACCAGGAAUCUCUUUUCCAAAAAAGCUCAGUACAUACCUCUGUCUUGCAAUGGCCCAUUGGUUUCAAGGUGUAAAAUGCUAAAUACCUGCAAAACAUUUUAUCCUAGUAAAGAGGUUUCCAGAGCUCAAAGAAAAGGUAGAAAGCAUUCAUUGCUGCAUUUUCUUUAUAAUUUCCCACCCUUGCCGCCCUUCCCUGCUCCAUGAAAGAGGAAGAUGCUAUUUCCCCCACAGAACAGACUGCGCAAAGCUAUUUUGAGUGGCCAAUGGGAAAUGGAUUUUAGAUGACAUGUAAAAGAGAAAUGUAUCUGCAGGCUAGAAUGUUAUACUUCCAAUUCAUUUCUGUGUUCAGUUUAGAGUUGUAAAGAUCAACAUCCUUCAGCCAUUUAAGGGAAGUGCAAUCAAGUUAAUGGGCAUUCAGCAAACAAUAAAAGCAUAUAAGGUCAUUUGAAAUGCAUUUCUGUAGGCUUAAACAUGUCUAACUGGAUUGUACAACUAUUCUUUUCUUUUUAGAGAGGAUUCCAUAAAUACAGCAGGGCCAACAGCCAGUAAUUUUUAUAUUUGACUACUGUAUCUUCCUUCAAUUUGUAUGGGUUGUCUUUGUCUUGCCUUUCUAGAAAUAAAAUGCAACCUUAAGUGUGUAUAAAGAUGGCCUACAAAAACAAAAUGACCUCUCUGGCACAAGCCCUGUUCAGAUUUGAUGGGAAUUCUGCAAGACCAUGUUGGUAGACUUCACUGCUUUGGGUUGUGUGUUUUAUAAUCAGUGAAGUUUACACUAAAUUAUGAUCACCAUGCUGUUAGUGGACACAUAUUAAAAAAUCCAGCAAGAAAGGGAAUUAAUUGUAAUUAGGUUAAGUAAUAUUUGUUGGACUAAUGCCUUGACUAAGGAACUCUUACUUAGUGGCAGUAACAGAACUAUUACUUUGUUUGGUUAAUAUCAAUGUUUUUUGUAAGAUGUGCUAUGGAAUCUCUAUGACCUGUUGUUCUUCCAUAGCUAACAUCUUGCACAAUGUUGUAAUCUGUGCAGUGUUUCUCUCUGAGUGUGUGUGAUUUAAUUUUGUAAGUGUGGUUUUUUUUAGUCGUUCAAAGCAGCCAGUUGUACAACAAAUUAGUGGCACCAGUUGUUUUAUUGUUAUUAUAGCAUGGUAGGGUGUCUGUAAAAUUGCCUUUUUGGGGAACGGGUAAAUUGCACAUGUGAAUGGAUUCUACUGAGAACAAGACUUUUCUUCCUUCUUCUCUCCCCCCAGUUGUGUGUCUUUAUGACAAGGGAAAUGGAAGUAUCCUUUUCUAAGCUGUUUUGAUUUUGUGAAGUUCAGCAACAUACAUUGUGGCGUGCAGUCUGCUGGGAAUGCCUGCACAACUCCACUGAACUGAAAUGGAAGUUGCACAAAGGCACAGUUGGAAUGAACGGUUUCAAUUGGUUUACCCUGGCAAACAUCCCUAUAGAUUGUGUGUUACACGUUAUAUCUAGUGUGAUACAAGUCAAUUUGGCUAGUUUCCUUAAAGUGGAGAAAUACUUGUGGUUCAUCUAUUGCAUUAUGGAGAUUGCUGAUAAAUACUAUUUCUCUUUGCAGCUGGUUACUAAAAACACUUUAUUUCUUUUUGCACUGAUACGAUGAUUCCCCUCUCUUCAUUCCGCUGUUUCAUUAAAUAGACACAGUAUCUUUUAUGUUUCUCAUACUUUCUUGGUUAUUUUCACACUUCCAAAUCAUAUGUUCAUGCACAUUCCUACAGCCUUUUUCAGACACUAGAACAAGAGUGCAAUCCUACACACACUUACUUAGGAGUCAGUACCAUGGUCCCCAGUGGAGCUUAAGUCUGGAUAAGCAUGUAUAAGAUUGGACUAUUAGCUACACUUUUUAUAUUUGCACUGUGCUCAUGCCUGAAGGACACAGAGGUAGUAGUAUCAUCUCCUGUCCCCAAAUAAUGAAAGACUAGAAUGAGGGCCUACAAAUGAGGGUAGUUAUGGGGUUAUGGUUGGGUUUUUCUAACCAAACAUGGCCACUCCCAUUUUUGAGUGCCCAAUGGCUAAACUUUUUUUUUUAAUCUUGAUGGUCCUGAGUUGGUUACAAAUUUUUGUGUGGUGGAAUUGUGGUAUUAAUCACCCAUGAUGCCAGGCACUAUCCAUUAGGGGCCUAUGGCACUUGUGCAACCAUGUUGCAUGCACCAAUCACAUUAGAUGUGACAGCUAGGAGGGAAUUGCAUUUUCUCAGCAAUGAUAGAUUGCAGCUUGUUUAGAGCUGUUGGUGAGAUGUCUGGAUUUCACAUGACAAAUGAGUUAUUUGUCAUGUGUGAAGCUCCCUGACUGAUUAGAUGAGUUAUAACUGCCCUUUUAUUCAUGUUGGGGCAAAUGUUUUCACACAUCACAGCUACUGCAUUGGGCCUCAUUAAAAUAUGGUUGUAUGACAUGAAGACAGAAAUGCCCACCUAUAUUUUUUACCUAACAUCUGUUGAAGACCGCACAGAACUUCUGACAUUUAAUAUCAGAUAUGGAAUCUUCUAUUUGAAAAUUAUAGAAGGCUUUUCCUGUGCAAGAAUUCUUUCAAUUCCAGUCUUAAAAGUCCACAUUUUUCAUAUACAGCCUACGGGGCCAACCCAGUGUCUCAUUGCUCUUCUCCUCAAGGCAAUUCAUGACAUCUCAGACACUAUGUUUCCUUAUAAUAUGGCACAUAAUGCAUAAGCAUUACUAGCAGGAAAUACCAUUGUCAGGUGUUUAUCGCCAGGAGCCACCAGGGACGCUGCUGUGUACACACCAUACAUUGAAAGUGCAUGACUUCCCUCAAGAAGCAUGGGUACUGUCAUUUGUUAAGGGUGCUGGGAACUGUAGUUCUGUGAAAGGUAAACUACAGUUCCCAGGGUUUUCGGGGGGGGGUGAGAAUCUGCAUUAAAUGUAUGGUGUAUAUGCAGCCACUGAGUGUACUAGAACCAAUGACGGCUUAAAGUAGAGGUCAGAAAGCAGGGUUGCUCUACUCAGCAGUUUUAAUUAUCACAUUGCAAAUUAAAAGCAGCUUGUGAUAAUCUUUCUAAGGUUACCAUAUCAGGAUGCAGGCAAGGUUGUCUUACUGCUAGCUUUUCACUGCAGAGAGCAAUACCUAUUCCUGGGCAUUGUGAAUGGAACAAUCCCAGGAGGGCUGUACCAUGUUUUUUCUUAACAUUUGAAUGGGCUCUCAGAUAUUCCAAAGCAUUUGUUAACUCUGAUCAAGUUGGUUACUAUAAUCUAAUAAAGUAUAUACCUUUGGAUGUGGAGCGGGGGGGGAUUUCCCCCCCCCGUGUUAGGGAAUAUGGAUUCUCUUGUCAAACCAUUUGUGAUGCUGAUGUUUUGUACCUGUCCCCUUGUUAAUUAAGAUAUGCAUAUUCUUGAUGCAAGAGAAAUAUAAAUGCAAAUUAUUGUCAUGUGCAGUUCUGUGUUGCAGAUGCGUAAGAACUUUUUAAAAGGGAAUGGUAUAAAAAUAGGUUAAAAAAUAAAUAUUUUAUGCAACUUCA